GGCCAGCCAAAGCUACACAGAGAAACCCUGUCUUGAAAAACAAAAAACAAAAGAUCCACUAAGAUCCACUAGUGGCACACACAGAGACAAUGAUAAUGUAUAUGUGAUAAAUAUAUGUACAUAGUACCUGGGUUGCUGAGGCAAGAGGGCCACUGUGAAUUCAAGGUAGCCUGGCGUAUGAGAAUGUGAAGGCAGCUUUGGUUACACAGCACAACCCUGUACAAAAAAUACCAACCAAGCUUGUUGAACUAAAUAAGCUAUGUCUGAAGACGUGUCUGUCUGUCUUGUAUAAUGGAAAUCUUUUUUAAAAAGAUUUAUUUGUUUUAUGUAUAUGAGUACACUAGCUGUACAGAUGGUUCCGAGCCAUCAUGUGGUUGUUGGGAAUUGAACUCGGGACCUCUCCUCGCUUCAGGCCCCGCUCACGUAGAAUGGAGUUCUUAAGAUCCUAAUAUACUGUGAAACCUAUCACUUUGUAUUAAGUAGUUAAUAAAAUAUUUUAUUAAAAAGGAAGUUCCCUUUGGCAUCAUGUUCUUGACCACUUGCAUUGGCUCUGAGGAAUUUUAGAUUUGGCCUUAAUAUGCCUGUGAGAGUGUAGCUUUAUGGCUCCAUUGCAACUCACUCUUUAACCCUGGUAGUUUGUGAAAUCUCAUCUCUCCCAAUGUUUGGUGCCAUUUCCAUGACAGGUGGUAUACCAUCAUGGUUCCAAUCCCAAGAAUCAAUUGUCAUUCUAAGGUUUGGUUUGAAAAUUAAAUUGAAUGAGGGCAAAGUAAACCAACUGUCAGGAAGCUGUUUGUCGUAGGACCGCGAGUGGAUGUAAGCAGAUGUGCUAUGAUGCAGGCUAAUUGAUUUUCCCUCUGGUGAAUAAGUGGCAGCUGUUAGAGGGAUGCUGGAGCUGGAGAGAGAACUGGCGACAGAGUAGUCAAGUUCAGUUCCUAGCAUCUCUAUGGAGGAUCACAACUCCAGGGGAUCUGUUGCCCUCUUCUGGGCACACAGGUAGUAUAUAUACACACAUGUGAAAUAAUAAGUACACCUAACUGUAAAGAGAUGUGGCAGGAAAGCUAGCCACACCUCCCACUUCACAAUAACUCAUAAUAUUUUCACAGACAUCACAGGAACACACAUAAGUGCAGAGCCCUGUGCUGGGGAGGGAAAAAGAUGAAAAGGCUCUGUAGAGAUGUCCCAGAAAAAGAGAACAGUGCUAACAGUAUGGCAGAGAAGAGAAAGAGAAGAUGAAUAUCCAGACACAAGCAGGUCAGAGUCCAGAGAAACCUUUGGAUCCCUGGGCCACAGCCAAGGUUAGGUGGUAGAGCAAAUUUAGGAAAAUGUCAGCUAUGAGGUAAGGCUGCAGGGCAGGGCCACUUACAACCCCCCUCUCCCUGGUCACCUUGGAGGGGUCCUCUGUCUGGCCGAUUGCUGGGGUUCCAGGGUGACUCUUUUCAGGAGAUAAGGUUGCCUGACCUCAGUGCGUUCCCUCACAUGUCAGUGAAAUCAUGUUGCCUCAUCAUGGUUUUAUAAAUGUUCAAGGGCUGUGGCUCAGAAGGGCCAGUAGAAGCAAGUGCCUCAGGUUGUAGGGAGUCAGGAAGAUGCUAAAUCUAGUGAAGGUGGUCCCCAGCACAGAGAACUUGUUCAAAUGUUGAUCUUUAUUUUGUGACAUAAAGUUUAAAAUUUUAGGAUCAGGCGUGUAGUUCAACAGUUGAGUUUGCCUGACAUGCACAAGGCUUAGAGAUCAGUGCCUAAUAGUACAAAACUUUUUUUUUUUUUUUUUUGAGACAGGAUCUUUCUAUGUAGACCAGGCUGGCCUCUAGUUCACAGAGAUCCUUCUGUGUACUACCAUUCCUGGCUAGAAUAAAAUUUUAACUCUUCAAUUAAAUGGUUUUAUUUUGUGUUUAACACAUUUACAGCCACUAACACUAGCUAACUCCAAGACAUUUGUCACCCCAAAAGGAAACCCCAUUCUAGUUUAAUAGUCCUUUCUCACCACUCAUCUCUGAUCACCAGCAGCUGACUGUUGUAGACUUACAACAUUUCAUAUAAUAGAACAUUUCAUAUAAUAGAACCCUUCAGUGUGAGACCUGAGUCUGGAUUCUGUCUUUACUAGACUCCUCCAUGUAGUGUGUGGGUCAUGUAUCUUUCCAUGCACACCCCAUAUUUCACCUAUUAGUGGACAUUUCAAGGGUUUAUUAUUAGGACUGGUUCCAACCUCUGUUUCUGGCUUUGAUUUAAAGAUAGGCUCUCAUUGUGCGGCUCUGGCUAGCCUGGGACUUGUUAUGUAACACAAGCUGGCCUCAAACUUAAUGUCUAUCUUCCCGCCCGUCUCAGCGCUGGGAUACAAGUGGUUGCCACCAUAACUGUUGAUUCCAGACCGUAACACCCAGUCAUAGCACCAAAUACCUGUCUUUAUUUGACCUUGACUAACUAGGAUUCUCAGAACCCAGGGUAGAGUAUGAUACAAAUGAGAAAAGUGAAGCCUAAAGAUAAGAUCUGUAAGAUCCUGCAGCUUACAAGAAAAUAGGAAUUUUUUUUUUCUUCAGAAUCAGGCCAUGGGAAGACUGGGACAUAGGCAUGAUUUCCCAAAGGAGGUACCAGCCAGAGCUAAGCAAAUCGCAGACGCUCCUGGCUUCCAGGUUUUGGGAGGUGGGAGGGAAGAAGGGUUCUCCCGCCUCCUUCCUGAAAGUGGAAGCGCUCAGCCAAUCGGUGUAGGGCAUCUGUAGUUCCGGCAACAGAGGCUUACUCUGUUGAGUAAACUUACUUGAUCUGCAAAACCUGAAGCUGAUUUGCACCAAAUGGCUAAACCAGGGGCAUACUCCAUAACGCCAUCUACAGGAAUCUUCCGGCUCCUGGCAGCAGAGCCAUUGGAGAGCGCCAGGAUAGGCUGGAAGCCUCAUUAUGCCUUCUCCAUUGUGGGAUAGGGGUUGCCAGGAGUUCCAGAAGGUCACAAACAUUCUGGAUUCCUAUGCUCUAGCUAGAGAACCCGGCUGAGUCACGUAACUUGGAAUCAAAGCCGGGCUCUUGUGCCUGGGAACCUGCUUAUUUCUCAGUUGGGCAACAAUGCGUAAUAUAUUGAAAAAGAGACCUGGAGACGAGACAGUCAGCUGUCUGUCCCCAAACAAGUUCUUGGCAAAGGGUUGCACUUUGAGAGGUGGAGGGCACAAACAGACAAGAAGAGUUGGAGGCCAGAAGACCCACGCUCUCAGAAAGCCUCCUCCCCACCCACCUAAUGCUCCACAGUGGAAUGCUGGUACCCAUAGCCACCUUUCCUCAGCACACAGUAGGGAUGUGGCAGAAACCCUCACCAAACAAAGUGGAAAGCCAAAGAAAGCAAACAGCCUAUGGGAGCUCCUGAAAGCCGAGGAGAGAAAAAAGAAUCGUGUGACAUUCGGCUUGACGUUCGUAGACCAUGGGUCCCACCAGUCUUUCACCUCCAUAGAUGAUGAUGAUGAUGAAACCACCAGCAAGGCUCCUGUCUUCAAACCUGAGCUGGUCACGGCCCAUUGUUUCAGGCGAUUGAAGCAGAAAGACUUCCAACUGCCAAAGAGCCGCCGGCGAAUCAUCAUUGUGCCCAGCACAAAGGACCAAGUGCCGGCCCAGCCCACAAUCCCUCCUGAAGCUCCCCUUCCACUCAUGCCUAGCUUCAAAGUUCUGGAUACUAUAGACACCCAAGAGCUACCAGUGGACAAGAAGGUCUGGCUGAAUCAGAGGGCAAAGCUUCGGAGGCAGCUGGAGACAUUUGGUGAUGUCAAGAAAUGGCUGGAAAAUAAGCCCAGCAUGACAUUGUCAGAGGUCAAGGUUCUGUCCAUGAUUCACCAGGAGCAAAAAGCCCCAAAACAUACCUCAGUUUCAAUCAGGAGACCCAAGGGCAGACCUCUCAAACAUGUCCGCCUAACUACACCCCAGCUACGACUGCCUAAGCCCCCUGUCCUGGCUGACAUGUAUGCCUACCUGCGUAGUCGAAAGAUCAAGGUCCUAGAGAUAUUUAGCAAGGGGGAGCGUAGUGAGAACCAGCGCAUCUCCAGGGAGGAGUUUAUCAUGGCUCUGAAGGCUAUUGGAGUUCCUCUGAAGAACCAGGAGCUGGAGGACAUCAUCAUCUACCUUGGCUCCCUUGGGAAGCAGAAUAUCAUCACCACAGAAGUCCUGGCCAGUACCUACAAGCAGUGGUCACUGGCCCAGCAGAAAAGCACCAUACUUACUGCCAAGGAGUAUUACAGAUUGUCUACAAAGAGAACUUUCCUGAAACAUAGCCCUAAAAAGCAGCAGGCUAUUUCAUCCCCACAGCCUUUCAACAUGGACCUGCUGAAGGUGCCUGAGGUUGAUACAAAGAUGGAGGGGCGGCCUAUGUCAGAGGAAGACAUGGAGGAUGUGGGCAGACGGUACCGAGAGAGGCGGAGGCAGACCAAGCUCUCUCUCCCCUCCAUCCAAUACAUGGAGAGCUGCCGGCUGGUUCGAUCUGGGACAAAAGAGUUUGACAAUCACUGCCUGCCAUCCACCAUUUCUGGAGAGAUGGGGGAGCUGCUCAAUGUGACCCGCAGGGAUGACUUCCUCAUCUACCUGCAGUGCUGGGAACUCUGUGAAGCCUACGGUCUCCCGCUGACUGAAGAUAUCCUCAUGAGAGCACUACUGUAUCCAGGAGACAAGAUCAUUACUCUGAAAGAAGAAGUCCGCCCGAUCCGGCAGCCUGGAGGCUAUUAUAUAGACCAGAGGAUUGUCCACAGCCUGGCUGGAUUCAGGAACCUCCACAAGCAUGGGGAAAAGAAAAGAGACAAGAAAACAUCAAAGAAAAUGAAGAAAAUGCACUUUCAAGAUUUCGAGGAAUUUACUGGGAAGCUGAAGUCGAAGAGGUUAAGUGUUCCUUCAGUUACCCACCCCAAUUACUUCUGGCCCGGUCACCUUCUGGACAAGCUGAGGCUCUACCUACCCACGGUGGCCAAGGACCAGAGCCAGGCGAUUUUCAGCUGUGUAAAAUACGAGCCCCCAGUUUACCCUGCCAUCUACCACGAUAAGGGCUGGUGGCCCAUGAACAACUCUGGUUACAUGACCCAUGCCUAUUAUGACUCAAACAAGGUGUACUCUAUCAACUAGAGUGGCCUGAAGGAUGGUGGGCCAGAAGACAUGCAGCCAGAAGUCCACAACUGCAGAUAUGAGAUACCAAAGAGCUAUACAAAAGAAACAUUGCCAGGGCAGGACUGGGGAUGUGUCCCCUGAUGCCAGUGUGUCCAGUGGAGUGUGAAUGUGUACACACACACACAUACACACACACACACACACACACACACACACACACACACACACACACUGUGUUUUCUUCUCUGUCAUAACCUCUUCCCUUUUGAAAUAAAUCGGGUUAGAGCUGA